ACUGUACAGGAGAAAAAUACUUCCCUCAGGGAAUACGUUUUCGCACCUUUGUUCCGCACAUAAUUGGAAAAAAAUAUAAAUUUCACAACAGUCAUAUUAUAUACAUGUGUACAAUGCAUAGUAAAAUAUUAAUAUAGCAGCAGCAUCCCACACAUAUUAAACGUUUUGCGCGGCUGUUAAAAAUUAGCCGUAAUUGUACCAGGAUCUAUGUACUGUAUUACUGUAGUAGUACUACUACUUCCUCUACUACGCAGUAUUUCCAUUUACUGCGCUGUCUUUGUCCUCAUUGAGUGUGGUGACAGUUUAUCCUUGAAGUCGAGCUGAACUGCCAGAUUUUUUAAACCCCCAUGCCACCCAAGAGAGAGGCAGGAGCAGCUCCAGCACAACCACCAGUCAAGAUGAUGAAAGGCUGCACAGAUGUACAGGACUUUGGCUGUGGUCCAGUGGAGGAUAAGUACAGGAUGGCUGAAGAAUCCAGCUUCUCACCUUUUCCCAACAAUGAGCAGGAAACCACUGAAUUUGAUGAAGAAAAUGUUGCCAGUCCAGGCAUCAGAACAGACACCAUCAGUCUCCUCAUGAAAAUAGAGCAACUGCAGGCACAACUCAAAUAUGAACGCAGAUGUCGAAUUUUGGCAGAGAGAGAGCUGAGGGAGCUGAAAGAGAUGAAUACUCUCAUGAUGCAGAUGAGGCACACAGCACAUGAACUACGAGUCACUCUGGAUCACGUUCUCCAAGGAGGCGAGGCAACAGCUGCACCACAAAUCCCUCAAGAUGAAGCGAUCUCUUUCCUGCCUGAGACUGAGGCAGAGAUGAGAGCAGUUCAUAAUAUCCCAGAGGAUGACCACAACUUCCUUUAUCUCUCUGAGAAUCUUCGAGUACCGAAAAAUCUUUAUGAACGCAUCGCAGAGAUUUCAGAUUACAAGAAGUACACAUCGGCACUGUUGAUGAUGCUCUUUGACAGAGAAACAUUGGCCACACACUCUCUGCAGGGCCGGAGGAACACCUUUACAGGAGAGGACUGCCAUAAGCCUCAACUCCCACCUGAGAUCUUGAGAAGUAUAAUUGAUCAUGUGGCAGUCAAGUUCAAUGUUGACAGCAGCCAAAUAAAAACUGCAAUCAGGACAAAGUUGAAUAACGAGGACAAGCUGCUAAAGAAGAGGCUUGGUUUGGGUAAAGCUGAAAACAAAGCUGCUGAUCAAAGCUUUUGCCAAGAUGCUUCACUUGUGCCUGAAAAUGGAGGAAUGAGAAAUGACUCCCAUUUAUAGGCUUUCAAAUCUGCCAUCAUCUCUUGGUCAUCACCGUUUCAUGUCUGAGAGAAAAGCGCCAUUUUGUUUUCAUUACUGCUUGCCUAGUUUGUUCAGUAUUGAAAUCUAGUUACAGUUUCUUUUUUAUUUUUUACUUUUUAGAGUUUUGUCUUUUUACAUUGAUAGCUGGUUUUACCUCAUGUAUGAAAAGUGUACAGUUUAUCCUGGUCACUCAACCGAGCCACUGAACAGCACAAUAAAAUGUCCACAUAUGUAACUGUCACUGGUAAAAAAACAACCAAGCCUUGUUUAGUUCUAGGUAGUAAAUGGCUGUGUUGAAAUAACAAAUUUGUCAACUUGAUCUGUGUCAAAUGUUUCUACUGCAUUUCAAUCAGCUUGUGUUUGAAAGUAGGACAUUUACACGCUUUUAAAAAACAUAGGGGUCUCAUUUGUGCCCUGUUGUUUCAGACAAGUUGUGAAUUACAUCAAGUGAUAUUAUUUGAGCAUUUUCAGAAUGAGUCACAGGUGAUGAUGAAUCCUUCCUUCCAUAAAAUCUCUGUUUGCUGUGCUUCAUUACAAAAGAACCAAUAAACCUUUGAAGUGGA